AUGGACCCGAUCACUGCUCAACAGCGAAAGAAGAUCCUGCGAGUUCUUUUUCUAUCUUUGCUCCUGGACCUGAUCUCAUUCACCUUCAUCCUCCCACUGUUUCCCUCCCUCCUCUCGUUCUACCGAAGCCUGGAGACCAAGCCCAGCUCGGCUCUCAAUCGCAUACUCCACUACCUCAAUGCGUACAAACAGUCCUUCGCGGUGCCCAUCAACGCCAAAUAUGACAUCGUUCUUCUAGGUGGCGCAUUGGGCUCUCUGUUCUCGCUGUUGCAAGCCAUUGCCAGUCCCAUCAUCGGUCGUGCAUCAGACAAAUAUGGCAGAAGGAAAGCAUUACUUUGGAGCAUGUGUGGAAACAUUGCAAGCGUGGCGCUGUGGUGUGCUGCCGUAGACUUCCGGACAUUCUUGCUCAGCAGGAUUGUAGGCGGUCUGAGCGAGGGCAACGUCCAGCUAGCUACUGCAAUUGCAACAGAUAUCAGCACCGAUGCCCAGCGCGGGUCGACCAUGGCUCUCGUGGGAGCAUGUUUCAGCAUCGCAUUUACCUUUGGCCCGGCACUGGGGGCGGCUCUGGCAAGCGUCACCACGGUUGUAGCCAAUCCUUUCGCCACCGCGGCCGGGGUUUCCCUGCUCUUAAUUGUUGUCGAGACUCUUUACCUAUAUUUUCAGCUCCCCGAAACUCGCCCUGCGCAUCGUACGCAAGCCAAUCCAGACCACCGUCAUGACAAGCGACAAUCUGCCAGGCACACCAAUAACCCAGCCAUCCUUAACGCCGUCCACUUCCUCUUUCUCUUGCCGUUCUCCGGACUUGAGUUUUCUCUGCCAUUUUUGAUCACUUCUGUCCUGUUCCCCGACCAUCCAUCACCUUCCAAGCUCAAUGGCCGAUUGCUCGGAUUUGUUGGUUUGAUCGCAUCUCUGCUUCAAGGGUCGGUGGUUCGGCGUUUGGCCCCACUCACUGUGGUAAAGGCGGGCAUGGUAUCUUGCACAGCGGCGUUCUUCCUGCUUUCCCAAGUCCGUGAUACCACAGGUCUGUAUUGCGCCGGGGCGUUGCUCGCAGUCACCUCGGCCACGGUCGUGACUGGGCUGAACAGUCUAGGAAGCUUUGAAGCAAACAAGAGUAACACAGGGCAGGUCUUGGGGGCUUUGCGGAGCUGGGGACAGUUUGGCAGGGCGCUAGGACCGGUCGUAUUCUGCAGUUUGUUCUGGUGGGCGGGUCGAGAAACCGCUUAUCUGCUAGGUGGAAGCUUGAUGCUGGGAGUCACGGCGCUCGUUCUGACGGUGCUGAAGAAUCCACAAGUUGAGGAGAAGAAAUAA